AUGAUCACGUGUCAGAGUGAGGGUAACAGGGAGACACCUUGUCCCCUUGGGGACUCUGUCCCCAAGGGACAACAGACAGGCGACAGAGUCCCCAGGGCCAAGGGACAAACACAGCGGAAGAAUGGCACUGCCACUGCCACUGGCACCGUCCAGUGCCUGCCAAAACCCGCUGCCGCCUCUGAUAAGAGAAGUUCCGGCAUCUCCAACGCCAGGCAACCAAAAGCGUCCCGUCUCGUCUCGUCUCCGUCCGUACACUGCACUCCUCCAGCCCAACGAAUCUGUGCCCAGGGCUUUCCUGCGACAGUGCCUCACUAUCUGGCUGUUUUUUCACUGACUGAUUCGCGAUUUCCUUUGUGA